GACAUGACGGGACAGACCGACGCAGAUACCCCCGAAACAGGUGCCAUAUUUACAUUUGGGAAGAGCAGCUUUGCUGACAAUGUGCCCAACAAGUUCUGGUUAAAGAAUGACCUUCCAGUUCAUGUUUGCUGUGGCAGAGAGCACAGUGCAGUAAUCACAGAAAAUGGGAGGCUGCUCAUGUUCGGUGAUAAUACUUGUGGCCAACUGGGGCUGACAUUAAAGCCAGCUGCCAACAAACCUGUGUCUGUAAAAGCCUUGAAGUCUGAAAAGGUGAAGCUGGUGGCUUGCGGGCGAGGACACACCAUUGUCUGCACAUCUCAGGGAAACGUGUAUAGUGCUGGAAGAAACCAUGAGGGUCAGCUUGGUUUGGGCCACUGCAAGAGCUUUACGUCCUUUCAACUGCUGCAUCCCUUCUGUGAGCAGGCACAGAUUAAACAACUCUCUGCAGGAUGCAACACUUCAGCUGCCUUAACAGAGGACGGGAGGCUGUUCAUGUGGGGCGAUAACUCUGCGGGUCAGAUUGGUUUAGAGAACGAGUUGUUUGCAGCAGAGCCCAGAGAAGUGAAUGUUGGAGCAGCAGUGAUGUGCGUCUCCUGUGGAGACCGCCACUCAGCUUUAGUCACAGUGCUUGGGGAUCUCUACACGUUUGGUGAGACUGCAAAUGGAAGACUUGGUCUCCAGGCGUGGCAGCUGACCAAUCACAGAAUCCCUCAGCAGGUACAAGGCAUUCUGGGCCGUGUGAGCCAGGUGUGCUGUGGAGGCCAGCACACUGUGGCACUUACAGGAGAGGACGUGUACACGUUUGGCCGGGGCCAGUUUGGUCAGCUGGGACAUGGGACGUUUCUGUUUGAAGUUAAUUCGCCCAAAGCCCUGGAUCACUUUCAUAACUGCAGCAUCCGACACGUCACUUGUGGAGAGAACCACACUGCUGUGAUCACACAUAACGGACUACUGUACACAUUUGGUGAUGGCCGUCAUGGAAAACUGGGGUCAGGAGACGAGAACUACGUCAACCACUUCAGCCCAACACUUAGCACACGUUUUCUCCAGCACACCGUUCAGUCCGUGUCCUGCGGUGGUCAUCACAUGCUGGUCCUGGCUGCACCGAGGCCCCUGAAGAACCGAGAUGUCGUACUGGAAAAGGAUGUCUUGAUACUGGACUGCUUCUCGGAGUCUAAUUACGCAGAGAUUUUACUGAAGGACUCGCUCAUCGAUCUAGCUCCAGUAGUCCCAGUCUCGGCGCUCACUGCUCGGGCCCGCCACAGAGAGAAAACUUCUGCAGAGCUGCUCGGGCUGGUGUUUCAUAACCUCCCUCGUCUGAAUCCCGGCUUCCUCAACACCUCGCAGCAAAAGUCGAGAAACAUCCCAACCCAGAAGACGCUUUCAAAGGAUGUUAUUAUCCGGCUGUCGUCACCAGAACCAGAACUGGAAGCACGGGCCAGCCCGCUCUCAUCCCCCAGAUCUCGGUCCAUAACCCCUCAGAGUCCAGCGUUAUCUUCUGUGCCCUCAAGGCCGCAUUCACAAUCUUCAUUCACACGUCAGAGUAAAGCCUCCACCGCUGCUUCCUUUAAGUCUAAAUCCAAACAGUUGCCUUCUCCCUUACUCUCACCCAAGUCUAUAACUAAAUAUAUUUCUGCAUCCACUAAAAAGACUGUAAAAAGCAGAACAAUCCAAGCAGCCACCGCUAAAAAGGCCUUAAGUGACGGACUGUCGUCUCCUUCGGCACCUAAAGAGCCCUGCAGCCCCGCCGGACCCCCCACUCCUGCUCUCAGUAACAGUGGAACUGAGAAGGAGCGUCUGACCUCACCACAAACAGAGGGAGAAGCUUUUAAGAGACGAGUCGUAAGUGGAGAUGGGGAAGAGAGAGGACCUGGUGCUGACACUUCACCAUAUACGGAGAAAAAAAGGAGCAGAGCUCUUGCAGGAACUGCGAAAGGAGAGGACGUGUUUACAGAGCAGCUUCAGUCCGAUGGGAAGACCGACCAGAACUCCCUGAAAGCCUUACCAACAGAACUUCUGACUGGAUCCAGUUCAAGGAAGAAAGACGUGUCUGCACUGAAGAGCAAGAAAAAAACAACUAAGGGCCCGCAGGGUGUUACCCAAGUGUCUCAUAAAACUGAAGUUCAAGAAGGCCGGAAAGCUCAAAAGAUGAUUUCCGAUUUUAAAUCGACGAAACAUGACAAGAGCAAACUGUCACAACAUAGUCCGAAAACUCUGAAAACUCUGAAAACAGUAACUGGCGAUGAGGAAAAUACCAGCAAAAAUGUGAAACGGAGUAGCAGACACAAAGAUAACAAGAACUACUCUUUGAAGGAAGACUUGGUAGAGACCCCAAAGAAAGAGAAAAUUGCAUCAUCAGCUUUGGACGAGAUGUCCUCAUUCCGAAAGGUUAGAAAUGAAAAAACUGCUUUGUUAUUCACUGAAAAUGCCUCAGAGGACGGCGAAGGAGUGCGGGAGAAAAGCACUGAGGUAAAACGCAGUGAAGUGGAUGUGCAAGAGGAGAUGCAGCGAGUCAAAUCAACCCCAUUAAAGAAAAAGCACAAGGUUAAAACUGCGCUGGAAAAAAGUCCCGGCACAGCGUCUGCCACACGAAAGGAAACCACUGCCAUUACGACACCUCUGCAGGUUGAAAGCAAGAAAUCUCUGGGUGAGAAAUCCACACCUGUGAAAGCUAAAAGGAAAGCUCAAGAGCUCAAACCUCAAACACAGAAGCAUCUAAGGAAAUCUGCAGAAAAUCCUCCUGCUGGAAGUAAAAAAACUGAAAGAAGGGAGGGAAAUGGGCGCAUCCUUUCCAAAAACGUAGCUCGAGACAUGAAAGGUAAAACUCCGGAGAAGCAGAGGUUACUCAAAAAAAAGGGUGAAAAAUCUGAAUCUAAAGUAAGGACGAAACCAAAAAAAGGUGAAAAAGAAGAUGACAUCAACGUAAUAAAAGACUUCGAUGUAGAAUCACAAAAUAAAGCCAAGGUCAAGUCAAAGCGUGAUUCGCCUCCUGCAGUUUUGCGUGACGCCGUUUCCACACAAGGCCCCAACAGGGCGGAGGAGCUUCCCGUCAGCAGGGCCAAACCCCCGCCAGGCUCUGAACCUGCCGGUCCAGACUUGCUGGGACCCGAAGGCCAGAAACCGACUCAGGGAGGUCUCGGUGUCGUGGCAGCAUCCCUUCUUCCUGCCGUCGGGGCGGCCGGUACGGCUAUGGGACUCCUCGGCGGGGCCGUGACCACGGUGGAGGGUUUCCAGGCCGACAGCGACAGAGACACCACGACAACUCGAACAUCCCCCAAAGCCAAACCGUUCACAAAGCAGCGUGCAGUUAUGCAGCUUUCCUUUUCUUCCACAUCUUCAGACUUUAGUUCAAAAGAACUGGACGGGGGCGUCUUAUCAGGGUCAGGGAGUAACGACAGCUCCCAUGUUGCUUUACAACAAGAAGUGGUGAAAAGUGACACAUUUGAGCAGGGGGACAGUGAAAACAUGGAGGCAUCCCGAGAAGGAGGAGAAGACGACGAUGAGAAAACCUCUAAAGACUCUGAAGAGGGAGUCAGUUACAAUCAAGAUGAAACAGACGCCGAGGAUGAGGAGCAGGAGGAAGACGAGCAGGAAGUGAGUAGCAGCAAAGACGAGGAAGAGGGAAGUGGAAGCAGCAGCGCCGUGGAGGAGGACAGGGAUCGGGAAGAAGAUGAGGAAGAAGACGAUGAAGACAAAACAAGCUCCAGCACCAGUGCAGCAGAUACGGAAAACAAUAAAAGCGAGAUGUCAGGAACUGAAGAGGGGGAAGAAGAGAGUGAAAAAUCAGCUGAAGAGGAAAGUAAAGACGAAGAGGAAGACAGAGAUGUGAGUGAAGAAGAAGGAGAGAAAAGCAGUGAUGACUCAGAGCAAACAGGGAGCAAGAAUGAAGACUCAGAGGAAGGAGAGGAGGACACAGAAGGAAGUGAAGCUACACAAUCUAAAGAAAGUGAGAGAGACAGCGAGUUUGAUCAAGAAGAAAAGGAAGAAGAAGAAGAGUCUGAAAGUGAAGAACAAAAAGGCAGUGAUGACUCCUCUGAAAGUGAGGUCAAGGACAAAGAGUCUGAACAAACGGAAGCGAGUGAAGAUAAGGAAGAUGAAGAGGAAGACUCUGAGUUUGGAAAUGACGCUACUGAAGAUGAGGAAAGCAAAGAGGAAGAAGAGGAGGAUGAAGAAACUGAGGGAGAUGCAAAGGAAGAGGGAGAGAGUGAAAGCAGGAGUGGUACAGACACGGUUGAGAGGAGUGAUAAUGAAGAAAGUGAGGAAGAGCAAGAUGAUGAAUCUGAGGAAGGGGAGAGUGAGGAGAAAACAAGCAGCGGCACCGGGGAGGAAGAGGAAGAGGAAGAGGAAGGAACUGAUAACAGCGACACGGCAGAAGCUGAAGAGGAGGAAGAAGAAAGCAGUACAGCAGAAGGAUCCAGUGACUCAGACGCAAGCAAAAAAUCAGAGGAGGAGGAAGAUGGAAGUGAAAAAUCAGAGGAGGAGGAGAGUAAAGAAGAAGAGGAAGACAGUGAAGUUAGUGAAGAAGAAGGGGAGAAAAGCAGUGAUGAAUCAGGGACAACGAAGAGCAAGAGUGAAGAAUCAGAAGAAGCUGAGGAGGACACUGCAGAAUCUGGAAAAAGUGAGGAAGAAGAAAAGGAUGAAAGUGAGGAAGAAGUAGAGAAAAGCAGUGAUGAAUCAGGGACAACAGAGAGCAAGAGUAAAGAAUCAGAGGAGGAGGAAGAUGGAGGUGAAGAAUCAGAGGAGGAGGAGAGUAAAGAAGAGGAGGAAGACAGUGAAGUUAGUGAAGAAGGAGGAGAGAAAAGCAGUGAUGAAUCAGGGACAACGAAGAGCAAGAGUGAAGAAUCAGAAGAAGCAGAGGAGGACACUGCAGAAUCUGGAAAAAGUGAGGAAGAAGAAAAGGAUGAAAGUGAAGAAGAAAGUGAGGAAGAAGAAAAGGAUGGAAGUGAGGAAGGAGAAAAGGAUGAAAGUGAGGAAGGAGAAAAGGAUGAAAGUGAGGAACAAACAGGUGAGGAUGAAACCACUGAAGGGGAAGUUGAGGACCAAGAUUCAGGGGAAGCGGAGCAAACACAGGAGAGUGAAGAAGAGGAAGAUGAUGAAGAGGAUGAAUCCAAUGAAGAGGAGGAAGAGGAAGAAGAAGAGAGUAGUCAAGAAAAUGAAGCAAAAGAAGAAUCAGGAGAAGAUGAAACUACAGAAGAUUCUGAAGAGAAAGAGGAAGAUGAAUCUGAGGGAGAGACCAUAGAUGAAGAAGAGGAGGAGGGGGAAGAAGUAGAGGAGGACGCCACAGAGGAUGAGGAGGAUGAACAGGAAGAAGAUGAAGAGGAGGAAGAAGAAGAAAAUGAUGAAGAGGAGGAGGAAGGAGAAGAGGAAGCCACAGAGGAUGAGGAAGAGCAGGAUGAAGAUGAUGAUGAUGAGGAGGAACAGGAAGAAGACGAUGAGGAAGAAGAAGAAGAAAAUGAAGAAGAGGGGGAGGAAGGAGAAGAGGAAGCCACAGAGGAUGAGGAAGAGCAGGAGGAAGAUGAUGAUGAGCAAGAGGGUGAAGGAGAGGAGGAGGAGGAGGACACAGAAGAUGAGAAACAGGAUGUUGAUGAUGAAGAAGUAGGAGAAGAGGAGGAAGAAGAGGAAGAAGAUGAAGGAGAAGAGGAGGAGGAUGAAGAACAGGAAGAAGAUGAUGUAGAGGAUGAGGAAGAAGAUGAGGAGGAGGAGGAGGAGGAGGAGGAGGAGGAGGAGGAGGAGGAAGAAGAGGAUGAAGAACAGGAAGAAGAUGAGGAGGAGGAGGAGGAAGAAGAAGAGGAGGAUGAAGAUGAUGAGGAGGAGGUGGAAGAGGAGGAGGAUGAGGAGGAAGAAGAGGAGGAUGAAGAACAGGAAGAAGAUGAUGAAGAGGAGGAGGAAGAAGAGGAAGAGGAGGAGGAGGAGGAGGAGGAGGAGGAGGAGGAGGAGGAAGUGGGGAAGAAAAAAUCUAAAGAAGAGAGCAGACAGAAGGUUCCUCUCAGAGCUGAAAGCAGAAAAGACCGACAACAGAAGGAAACUCCCGAACCAGCUCCGAGGACCAGGCAGAAGAAAUAGGGGGGUUGCUAACGGCUCUGGCGCUACGAAGAGUCCUGGACCUGUGAGGAAGAGUCCAGGACCUGCAA